ACAAAUAAAAGGCCAUAUUAGUUGCCUGCGCCGGCCGCAUUUGUACGCUGCCAAAUUAUCUGUUAUUGGAGCGAUGUGUCGCCAAUGAACUGAAAUAUUUGUAGCGAAGAAGAUCUCCAAGAUGACAUUCCUCCUGCUAUGUACAUGUACCUCAAUCCUCCUUCUCUCAGGGAACGUUGUCGCUGCGUUACAGUGUCACACGUGUGCCGAUGUCGACCGCCACACGGGCAAGGCCUCCUUAACCUGCGACGAUUUCUACCUCAAGAAUCACACCAGGGAGCUGUUGCAAGGAUGCGGCGAGCCUCCCUCUGGGCACACCGUCCGCUGCACUAAAUUUGGCGGGCAGGCAAAGAAGGUGGAGCCCACAGGAGCCACAAUUAUCAUGGAUGGUGUGGCCAGAGGUUGUGUCGUCCUCAAGGAAGAUAGCCUUCCACGGAGCAGGUGCUACCAUGGAGAAGAGGCUAGUCCCUGGCUGCCUUCCCUGGUGCCCGGCAGCGAGGGUGCCUCCGUCAAUGGCCUUAUCUGUUUCUGCGAAGACGCCGGCUGCAAUGGUGUAGUCUCUGUCCAGCCAUUUGCCCCCCAUUUGCUAUUCAUGCUAAUGGCACUGUAUGCACUUUUGUAAACCUGUUACUUUUGUGUGUCUCUGUCAGUUUUUGUCAGUCAAGAGGUACAUAAUUAGUUCUCUGUGUACGUGUGUGGGGUUGCUCUGAUGCAACUAUAAACCAGUAUUAGACUAUGCAAGGUGUAGUGCCCGAACUUCUGAAGUAUGCACUAGCCUGAUUUCAGCAUGUUUUCCCACAAGUCCAUCAGAAAGUCAUCUGAGGUGAAUUCCGUGCCUUCACAACUAAUCAUUGUGCAAUUCUUUCUCUUUUGUUAUUUUUUUUGGGGGGGGUGGGAUUCUUGGGUGUUUUUUGAUCAUGCAUGCCCAGUUAAUGUCACCGAAGACGUGCUCUGUCAAAAAAGAAACACAUUGAUCCAUGGUUGUGAGCACAAAAAUUCACCCUUGGUCGCAAGCGAAGUC